AUGUCCACUACAGACAUUGUCCGAAGCAUCCUCAAGAAGGACACAACCGCCACCACCACCACCACCACCACUAAUUCCACCACGAAUAAGCCACACAAGAAAGUCAGUUUCGGUCUGAUGGCAAAGGCCUUCGUCAGCACGGAGGAAGACAUCUCCUCCAUCACGAUUGGGUUAGAGCGGGUUCGAUUUGAUCAACCAUCCUCCUAUGCAUCUCUACCUGUCGGCGCCAAAAGACGCCGUUCGAUCCGCCGCCGUGAGAAGCCGGAGCAAGAGUCGAAGAGGCCCAGGCUUGAUAUCACGACUGCUUCCACCUCCCACUCCACCAACACUAGCAGCAUCAACAGCGCCAGCACCUACUGCAACAGCAGCAGUAGCACCAGCACCAGCACCAGCAACUUCGAUUUCGACUUCUGUCUUAAAAAGUCCAUUCCUUUCCCCAACUCCGACGUGCGUGUCGCUCGUGUCGACACGGUGAAAGGGGUCGAAUUCCAUCCUAUCUCUUCUGCUCUUCCUGUCUCGAUUGAAGGCAUAGAGUAUCGAACUCUUCCUAGUCUCGCCGAGACGAGAUUUAUGGAAAAUAUGGAGCGACAUCCUCGCUCUUCACCCGAUGCAUUAAAAGACCCGGAGUAUUAUCCUCGUUCUCCUUUGUUCCUAUUCGAUGAUUGGGCUCAAGACGAGGAGUAUUUCUUCGGGCCCAGGCCCAGUUUCGGGACGCCGUCGCGGCGGGUCCCAUCGCCUUGCCCGUUGGAGGAGCAUCUUGAUCGGUGGGCGAAAGAGAAGGACUUGUGUUUAUCACAGUCCGAACAACUGUAA